GCUGCGUGUGUUAACCAGUCAGACCAGUAGUGAACGCGCAAUAAGCUCAGGCUAUAAUAAAAGGAUUUAUUCGUUUUACAGUGCGCAAGGACUUCGCUAGCAGCGUUUGUUAAAUUUUGCUCUAGAUAUUUCUAGAGACUGAAAAUCUGCAGAUGUUUAGUUCAAAAGACGAAAUGCAGCACAGUAGCUGCGACAAGUUUUCCAGCUCCAGGCUUCACCCAGGUGAAGAAGACCCCCUGGACUCUGCCUACUUUUCGGAGGAGCGCCAAGACUCUGCAUAUAGUUCCAUUCCGCAUACACAUAAUGCAGAUACAGAGAAGGUACCUCAUGGUUCGGGAAAGCUCAAUUCAAUUUCAGACAGUUUUGGUCAGUUGAGCUUAGAUGCAUCCCAAACUAAGCCAGCCUGUGUGGAUACAACCAGCUUAGAAUCUGGCUGCUAUAGUAUACCAGAAGAAAUCCCUGCAGAUCCUCCAAGUGACUCAUGGUCUAAGGAGAUCAAAUUUGUCAUUCCAAUUGAACAGCGUGUGCAACUUUUUGAAGGCGACAGAGAUGGUGACAACAAACUUCAUCUUAGUAUUCUAAAAAACAGCACAAACUUAUCACUUCUCAUCAUUAAACUUGCACCAAGCUACUACUUUUUGAACUACUGCAACUUUCUCAGACAAACGCCACUUCAUCUUGCUGUCCUUACAAACCAGCCUACAGUUGUAAGGAAAUUGCUGUGUGCAGGAGCUGAGGCUACUGCACAGGACAGAGAUGGUAACACAGCUUUGCAUCUGGCCUGCAGAGAAGGCUAUGAAGACAUUGUUAAACAACUUUUAAUGCCUGUGCAGUAUGAAGAAACACAGGAAAACACAUAUGACAUUCCUUUUCAAAGACUACCUCAGGAUAUGAGUAUCAGGAACUUUGAAGGAGAAACAUGUCUUCAUAUUGCAGUGCGACAUUCACGCAUAAGGAUAGUUAAAAUGUUAUUGGACUCUGGUGCAGAUAUUAACAUUGGUGAUGGGAAAAGUGGUAGAACAGCCUUGCACAUAGCAUCUGAGCAAAAUCUUGUCGAACUUGUUCUUUUGAUUCUCAGACGAAGUGACACUGAAGUAAAUGUAAAAAACUAUGCUGGGCUUACCCCAGUGCAACUAGCAUAUGGAAGGGGACAUGAGAAAAGUGUUGACCUUAUUUGUAGGCAUAUUGGAGCAUAUGAUGUAUCUUUAAGUGACAAUUCUGAUGCUGAGGACUAUUCUGAUGAUGACAUGUCUGUUGACUUGUAAAAAUUAUUUUAUGUAUUUAAAAUAAGUUUUUCUUCAAAUUGUUGUGACACCCUUGUGAUUUGAGAAUUAGGAUAAGUAUGAAAGAACAUGAAUGGAAUUAAGUUACUUAAUCUAAUGUCAUGAAAGUUUAUAAAAUAUCCAUUGUGCAGCAACAUAUACAUUUUUUUAUUAUAUUUUAAUUAUGCAUUUCUAAUGUCUAAUUGGAUAAUUCACAAGAUAUAAAGUUUAAUUUUCAAUCUCAUAUUAUCCUGUGACUUAUUUCAACUGAAACUUGCCUGUGGAUUGUCCUACAUCGAAUCCUGAGGAUAGUGUAUGCAUAAUAUUAAUUAGUGGUGGAAUACCUGUGGUGUGAAUGUUAAAUUAUUGUUCCUAAUUCUCUAAUCCCAAUGGUUUUCCUCUUGUUUAUACUUAAUAGUACACCAUGCAAUAUUAGGUAUUAAUACAAGGGGAUUAUUUGUUUGUAAAUUAUUUGCUUAGUGUUUUUUUUUUUUUUUUUUUUGAAUUAUGCAAAUAAGUGUAUAAUUAUUGAUCAUCUGUCUAGAGAAAUGUGUAUUAUUUCCCUAAAAUUUGAAUCUACUCAUACAUUUGCUUCUUUCACUGUAAAUUAUGUUUUUUCCAUUGACAAUAAAUUUUUUGUUGAUAAUGUAA